CGGCCGCGUCACUUCUGGGAGGGCAGCCAUAACUGUUGGCGGUUUUUCGUUAUUGUCGAUCAGCUGACUCGAACUUUGCUUUUCUGUUUCUGUCUCGUCAGGUAACCGCGCGUUUCCCACGGCCUCAUGGGAGGAAGAAACUGCUGCAUUAAAAACUGCCGCCGCAGGUCUCACGACUACCGCGGGAGGAAGAUCCCAAACGGCCUGACCUUCCACUGCUUCCCCGCCUGGAGGAGGAACGAGGGCACUCAGACGUCCGAGCUGACGCGGCGGAGGAGGGCGGCCUGGGUCGCUGCCGUCGGCCGGAGCCACAUCACAUUUAAGCACAUUCCCUCCUCCAUGAGAGUGUGUUCCAGACACUUCCACUCCGGUAAACCAGCGUAUGAGAUGCUGGAGUCGGAUCCAGACUGGGUCCCGUCACUACACCUGGGUCACAGCGAAGGAAAGGGUAGACGGGCCGAGCGUCUCCCGACGUCCGUGCGGUCAAAGACAGACGAGAAACACAGGCGGACGACAGAGACGAGACCUCCAGAGGCAGUGAGGGGGACACAGAGGGAAUCAGAGGCAGCAGGAGGUCCUGGGAGACCCGCCGUCCUUCCCUGGAGCCAGGUGAAGUCUCUGCUGCUGUCAGUUCUGCAGAGUGAAACCAGCAUUGAGAUGCAUGUCCCGCCUGCUGCUGUGAGGAGGACGGACCUCAGCUUCAGAGACUCCUUCAGAGACGCUCUCCAGGCCUCUCUGGAAGCCACCAGCAGGUCCAGAGCCCAGUCACAGAGACCCUCUUCAGUCUCUGGGGAGUAUGAAGUGGAGCUAGACUUUAAAGUUCCACACCUGAAGGACCAGAAUCAGACCUGUGAGGAGUCCUCCUCAUCCCCCUCCUCCUGUCUGAACUGUGUCAGACUGCAGAGGAGGAUCAAGGAGCUGGAGGAGAAGUUGUGCUGUCUCACAGGACAACAGGAGGACACGCAGACCACACCUGUCUCCAACAGUGCUCCCGUCCUACCAGACCAGGUCCUGCAGAGUCUUGAACCAGUCCCCACAGUAGAGGAGCAGACUAAAUGGAUGGAGCCUCUCUCUCCUCCUCAGGCGAGUCUCCAUGACAGUGACCAGGAAGCAGACUUGGUUGGGGACUCACUUCCCAGCACCCCCAUGGUGUCUCAGAACGACUCGUCCAAGCGUAAGCCUCGUCCGCCUCCUCGCUUCAAUAAGGGCUGGCUCAGCAUGUUCUGGUUCCUUCGUUAUUCUCCAGCCCUCGAUCAGAUGUGGUGCCACGUCUGUCGCCUGCACGCAGACAGCAAACACCAGAACCUGAGUUUAAUCAGAGGCUCCAGGACGUUUAAGAUCCACAGCAUCAAGAAACACAGAGACAGCCUCUGCCACAAAGACAGCCUGGAGCAGUACAUUUUACACACGUGACCUGCAGCUGUGAGGCCUCACAUCCACAGUUACUGUUCCAGUAAAGGAUGAACACUGCACAGGGUUUAGUGUUCUGAGCCCUGAUCAGGUCCCACACCUGAUCGCAGACCUGAAACACGUGAUAUGAUCCAGACAACCAGAAGAAGAGGAAGAAGAAGAAAACUUUGUGUCGUGUCUAACUUUCUCUGAUACGUCAUUUGAAACUUUGAGAGAUCUGAUCACACAGCUGCUGGAUGGAGCUAAACCCACCUGAAGACUCCGUCAGCGUGGGCACAUCCAUCACAGAUCCUGGUCUGAGAGAGACAGCUGUGGUCAGAUAUCAACACUUCAACAACACAUCUGUUUCAUUCACAGCCUUCGUACGGACGCAGACCAUCGCUGUGUUCUCUCUCAUCACCAGCAGGUGUCUCUGACCGACAUUGAAUCACUGACUGAGAGCUGUUUAUGAGGUCCGCCCGGGUCCACCCGGAUCAGACUGAUCCUCAGUCCUGUCAUGGUUUCACAGAGGAGCUAAGUGUUUCUAAUAUUUUGUCCACCCCAUUUAUAUCAGUGGGAGAUUAAACAUCAGUUGGGAUUAAUUAUUGUGUGAUGGUAUUAUUAAUGAUGAAAGUAUCUGUGUAACUGUGUCUUAGUUUUAGUUCCCAUUCACUCAAUUUUCAGACGAUUUCAUUCAAAGCUACAACAAGUGAGAGACGACACUAAAUGUGUCGGAGAGAUCAGGUGCAGAGGUAAACAGGAAGUGUGAGGUGUGAGCAUUUAUUAGGGUUCUAACCCUGAACCAGUAGAACCCUCCUGUGUUUGUGCUGCAGCUCAAACUGAGCUGGAAUGAGCCAGAAAUGUGAAACAGUUUUAAUAUCUAAACAACUAAAGUG